UUCGGUUUGAAGAGACUACGCCAUAUUGAAUUCCCGUAGGAAUCUGCUAGCAGUUUUCCGCUAGCGGUGUGAAAAGGGCCACUUUAUCAAUGGUCCUAAUUCGGUUCGGCGUUUAGAAUUUCUCUUUAUUUUUGUAACCCAGUUCAUUAGAAAAUUUACUUCGGUCCGGGCAAUCGCGUAAUUUUAACUGGCACAUUGAUUUGCUUUUGCUUGGAAGAGGCUGCCUAAAGAGAAGUUGAAUGGAUCCGAGGGUAUCUUGGAUUCAGCCCGAACAGAAAGGACCUGCGAACGCCUUAUGGAUGCACGUUUGGGAGACUUCUCAGGGAGUAUUGACACAAUCCGGUCAACAUUACAAUCAGAACCAUAAUCUAUGCGUGAAUUCUCCGGCUUUGGAUGUUUUUAAAAAUGUUGCGACCGUAGCAUCAAGCAAAAGCAUUUGCAGCAGCAGUAACGCUGGUACUAGUUUAAACAGCAGCCAUCAUAGUACUGCGAACGGCACUAUUACUAACGGCACUGCAUUUUCUCCUCUUGGAAUAUCACUCUCGAAAGGAAACGUACCAAACUCUGUGACCCUGUCGAAAGCGGACGGCAACAGAGUAACGGCAGAUUCAGGAGAGGGGAAAAUGCCCCAGAAGACGAGAUCAGUCUCAUCUUCGUCUUCGCUAGAAUCUGGAACGGACAGCCCAUCUUCGAAUUGCUCUUUGGGGAGGACUAGUGGUGGAAAUGUAAUGGGAAACAUGAAUAAAAAUGCUGGAGGUGUCAAUCUGUUCUUUAGCUUUAGUGACAGCAUGCAUAAUAAUGUUAACCACCAGUACCAUAAUCGUCAUCUUCAGGAACAUCCACAGUACAAUUUUCAACAAAAUUGUGUGAAGAGUCAACCGAUUCAGCCCUCUGCACCCCUAAAUUACCACAAUCACCAUCCAAGCCGAAGGAAAAGUGACAAUAAGGCGAGCACCUAUGGGAUGAAUUACCUGCUUUCUAACUGCACUAAUGGCAAUUUUCUGAGCACGGGGACCCCUUGGAAGACGAGGAAAUACAACCCAGGUGUCAAUGGACUCCAUGAGGAGGUGGUGGACUUCUACAACUUCAUGUCUCCUCGUCCGGAGGAGGCGGCCAUGAGGAAGGAGGUGGUGAACAGGAUAGAGGCGGUCAUCAAAGAGCUGUGGCCCUCCGCUGAUGUGCAGAUAUUUGGCAGCUUUAGCACCGGGCUCUACCUCCCGACAAGCGACAUCGACCUGGUGGUGUUUGGGAGGUGGGACCGGCCCCCGUUGCAGGAGUUGGAGCAGGCCCUCCGCAGACACAAAGUGGCGGAUCCCCUGUCCAUCAAGGUUCUGGACAAGGCUACGGUGCCCAUCAUCAAGCUGACGGAUCAGGAGACGGAGGUGAAGGUGGAUAUCAGCUUCAACGUGGAGACCGGCGUCAAGGCCGCCCGCUUCAUCAAAGACUACGUGAAGAGCUACCCUGUUCUUCCCUACCUCAUCUUUGUGUUGAAGCAGUUCCUGCUUCAGAGGGACCUGAACGAGGUGUUCACUGGAGGCAUCAGCUCCUACAGCCUCAUCCUCAUGGUCAUCAGCUUCUUGCAGCUCCAUCCUCGCAUCGACGCCCGGAACCCCAACAUAAACCUGGGCAUCCUGCUGAUCGAGUUCUUCGAGCUGUACGGCCGCCAGUUCAACUACCUGAAGACGGGGAUCCGCAUCCGGAGCGGAGGGGCUUACAUGGCCAAGGAGGAGAUGAUGAAGGCCAUGACCAACGGGAACCGGCCCUCCAUGCUGUGUAUAGAGGACCCCCUGCUCCCAGGUAACGAUGUGGGCAGGAGUUCCUACGGGGCCAUGCAGGUGAAGCAGGUGUUCGACUACGCCUACAUCACCCUGAGCCACGCCGUGUCCCCCCUGGCGCGCUCCUACCCCAACAAGGACAUCGAAAGCACUUUGGGGAGGAUAAUCAAGGUGACACAGGAAGUGAUUGACUACAGGGAGUGGAUCAUCAAGAAGUGGGGGGGCAGGCACCAAGCACGGAUGGAGAGUAGGGGAGCCCUGCCCAAGGAGAGCGCGUCUGAGCGGGAGCCCGGGGGCGUGCUGGGCGGGGAGGAGCAGCAGAGAGACUCUGUGUCCCCCCCCAGCGUGGACUCCCCCAUGUCCCUGUCCAGCCCCCAGCAGCACUCCUCAGCCUCCUCCGUCUCCUCGCUGUCUGGGUCCGACAAUGACUCGGACUCGACACCGUGUCCGGUCCCUCCCCCGGCCCUGUCUCUGUUCCAGUGCCAGGCACUGGGCAUGGCCCUGCCCCCAGGCCUCACCAUGGCCACAGCCAAGCCUGGCAUGGGCACCCACCACCUCAUGAUACACCCUGGUUCACAGGCGCGUGUGUCCCUGCCCGGUGGCCUGGCGAUGCACCCCCUGCCUGGCAGACAGGUGUGUAUAGACACGGGGCCCCCUCCCUUCUACCUCAUGCCUCCCCCCGCCCCUGCCCCCUCCAGCCCCCAGACUCUGCCCAGCCCCCACCCCAGCCACGCACAAAAGAACGGCCCCAAGUUCCCCAUGAAGAGCUUCCACAACCCAGCGGUGAUCAGCAGCCCUGUCCUGGUGAACCGCGGCCACACCUACGCUCACACGCAGUACAACCGCAACUCGUGGCGUCGCAGGAAACGAGACAGCCUUCCCGUCAGCCUCAGCAGAUAGAUAGACAGACAGCACUCCUCCUCUUCCUCCUCCUCUCCACCCCUCGUGGACUGAGAGGUUCCAUUGACGUGACAACGCCCCCUGCUGUUCCUCCUGAACAAGAACGCCCCCAACCAGGGGAGUAAAACCAGACCAGCAGAGAACUCACCACUACGGCCUCGAACCCAUCUCUCUCUUUCUCUCUCUCUCUCGUCCUGCUUUCUUCUCGCUCUCUGCCUCGCCAUCUCUGCAUGUUUUUACAAAGCAACAGGCCUGAACGGCAGUGACUUGUGAACGCAGCCUUUACUUUUCGUAUUUUUGCGAUUUGUUCUGUGUUUUCAUUCACCAUUUGGGGUGGGUGUGGUGGUGGUGGGGGGGGGGGCAUAGUGGUGAUGUAAUUGCCAGGUUGGAGUGGCAAAGUUCAGUGUCUUGUGGGAAUACUAUAUUUCCGCUGUAUUAUGGGGUGACGUUGUCAGGGUGAUGGCAGCUUGUCCUUGACCCCUGCAGCUAAGCUGCCUGCUUUUCUACUUAGUUUAUCUCCCCCAGUGAACAAACAGUUUCUUAUUUGUGCAAUAAUGUUUCUUUUUUUUCUUCUUUCCUAAAGUUCAUGUUUAUUUAAUUGUAUGUAUGUGUAAAGGAUUUUGUUUUUAAUAUGGUCAUUUUAUUUUUGUAGAGUUUUUAAUUUCUUCAGAGUUUACAGAACCUUUACCCAGGCAGUGUGUGUGUGUGUGUGUGUGUGUGAGAUAAGAGCAGAAAGUUGUCUCUCUACCCCACAAAACCAUCUCCCUUAAUUCCUUUUCUAGGCAAUUCAAAUACAGUUGAAGUGCCCCUGGCAGAGUGAAGAGAAGCUGUUCUGUCACCAGUAAAGCUCUUGUGGCCCCACGAUGCGGCCUGGAUGACAACAGGCCCGUGCCUGUAGUCCCACGCCAGUCUCACCAGAGGGCGCUAUCGCUACAGUCCACUAUUGAGACUUGGCAGAACCCAACACCAAUUUGUGGUUUUAAUCAUGUGUGCCCGUGUCCUCUCUGCAUACUUGUGCGUUGAAUGGGUGGAAUGCAUGCUGCUGUUGCUGAGUGUGUGAGAACAGACGGGUCUUUUUUUAUUUUUUAUUUUUUCUGUCACUUUAAAUCUAUUUUAAGGUGUGGUCUAGGGAGGUUGAAUGAAGGGACAGCCAAACAGACCAGAACUCAGAGACCG